UGGUGCUUUUAACUAGGAGAAGGAGCUUGGAAAUAUCCUCCGACUAUAUAAUUGAAAGACAACAUCUGCGUAUAUGCCGUUGGCUAUCUUCGAUUCUGACAUUACUUUUAUGGCGUCUGUGGAUAUUUUGUCCUAGUUUCCCAUCGUAGUCUUUGGAUAGUAUCUUUCUUUUGCCAAAAAUGCGUCUGAUCCAUAACAUGUCUACCAUUGCGGAGUACCCGAGCGCCGAGUGCCACUCCAACCGGGUCAUCAAGAUCGCAGUCAUCGGCGGCAGUGGAGUUGGCAAAACCGCGUUGGUGGUUCGUUUUCUCACUAAACGGUUUAUUGGUGACUACGAGAGAAACGUCGGCAACCUGUACAACAGAGAAGUGCAGAUAGACGGAGAGCAAGUGGCCAUUCAAGUUCAGGACACACCUGGAGUUGAAGUGAACGCUAAUGGAUUGAGCUUCACUGACCAGGUAUCUCGCUUCAUUCAGUGGGCGGAUGCUGUAGUUAUGGUCUAUUCCGUUACUGACUGCCGAAGCUUUGAUCUCAUUGGUCAGCUCCACCAGCUUGUUGCCCGCACACAUACGGAUAGGUCCUUGCCAAUCAUCCUGGUGGCCAAUAAAGCUGAUCUCCUCCACGUAAGGCACGUAGAUGCUCAAGAAGGUCCCCUUUUGGCUUCAGCGCUGGGCUGCUCCUUCUACGAGGUGUCCGCAAGCGAGGACUACAGCCAGGUCCACGGUGCCUUCCACAGACUGUGCGUAGAUCUGGCCAAACAGCAGCCUCAGACCCAUGUCAAUGCAGCUACAUCUGGAACAGAAAAGAAAAGAUCUACCCUCAUCCCUCGGCCCAAAUCCCCCAACAUGCAGGACCUGAAGAGGCGCUUCAAACAGGUGCUGUCCGCCAAGGUCCGGACUGUCACUUCAGUGUGAAUACCAGCAGGAGAAGUGGGAAAAAAGUACAGGAUUAAGAGAGAGGAAGCUCUAAGGAGAGGAGAAGAUCUUUCUGAAUGUAUAGGUCUCGCUCUUUGGAAAUUCCUGAGAUCUGUUGAUGAUCAGCAGACCGGUUCCAAACAGAGGCCCCUGAAACUAGACCUCUGAUUGAGUCAUGGUAGCUGAAAAACAAACAAACAAGCAGAGUUUGGUGAAGUCUUACAUUUUCACUUGACUGUCCCAGUGCUGGUGGACACUUGUGUUGCUGUCACAUAUCCAUGUGAACACAAAGCAGGAUUCUAGGAGAUGUGGUCAUAGCGCCUUAAAGAGGGACAGCACAAAGACAAAAUGAC